AUGAAAAAGCUCUUUUCUUCAAUUAAAAAUGCAACAACUCAAUUUGCAAAAGGAAUUUUUUCUUCAAAAGAAGAAUCUUCAUAAUAAGGUAAUAGAUAGGAUAUGACAUCUGAAGAAUAAAAAUAAUAAUAAAAUUAAAAUACCCAAACAUCAAAUGAUGAUUAAAUUAAAAUUUAUUUAGAUUCUUAAAAGGAAUUAAAAGAAAAGAUUUUGUAAAACAGAAUUCAUUUUAAUAAUGCAGUGCUUGAAUUAUCCUGGAAAAAAAUAUUGGAAAUCAAAAAUGUGUAUGCUAAUGAAAGAAGAAUUAAUUUUUAGCCAAGAUUAGUUAUAUUAGAAUAACAACAUUGGGAGAGAAUUGUAAUUCAAGUAGCUGAAUUAAUUUAGUCUUAUUAUAAUAUUUAAAUUUAUUAUGAUAGAUAAGAGUUAAUUAGAAUAGUAUUAAAUAAUUUUAUUUUAUAGAUUAAAUAAAAGGUUUUAGAAGAAUAAUGUAUUAAAGUUUUGUUUAGUAAAGAAGAAAUGAAAGACUAUUUUUAGUUUUAUGAAUAAUCAGAUGUUUUACUUAAAGAGUUUAAAUAAUAAUUUCCUUAACUCAUGAUUGAAUAUUCUUAGUAUUAAAUUAGGGAAAUUUAAAAGCAAUAUUUAAUAGAUAAAGCAUUUGAUUUGUUUAAAUUUGAUGACUGCGAUGAAUUCAAGGGAAUUAAAUUAUUUCAUGAUGAUGAAGAAGUUUUAACAUGGUAUAAAAGAAAACAAGCAAUUACCCCUUGA